AUGGCUAUGAUGCAAAAAAUUUUCCGAGUUGAUGAAUAUUUUCAAUCACUGGCUAGAGGUGGAUUCAUAACCUCAUCAUCGAACUCCAACUCGUCCAAUUCAUCCGCUUCUGGAUCCACUAGCAAUAACUUCCUAACUCCACGUCGUCAUGAUUUUCAAGAAUCCUCGACUUCUCCACGAGAUACCAUAGGAUCUACCUCAUCUGGAGAGUCUUCAUCACUAUCCUCGUCCACGUCGUCGUCCUCUUUGAAUUGCAAUUCUUCACCAACUACACUAACUGUGAAACUAGUUCCAUUCAGAGGGCAUAGCGUCGCUGCGUUUGAUAUAGACGGUAAAGAGAUGAUAUGUCUUCCACAGGUGUAUGAAAUAUUCCUUAAGAAUAUGGUAGGAGGACUACAUACGGUAUACACAAAAUUGAAGCGGUUGUAUAUUCAUCCGGUGGUGUGCAAUGUAGAACAGGUCCGUGCCCUCCGUUCACUUGGAGCUAUUCAACCGGGUGUCAACAGAUGUAAAUUACUGGAGACCAGAGAUUUUGAAAAGUUGUACGAUGAUUGUACUAGUACUUGCACGCGCCCUGGUCGCCCAUCCAAAAGGAAUUUCGAGGAUUGGAAUGGAACUACAGUAAUCCUCCAAAAAGAUAAACAAGACACAGAUUCUGUGAAAAAUGGAGGCUCUGUUUUCAACCAAUUAAUGCAGCCACAAAUGACACCUCAACAGAUUUUGAUGCAACAUUUUGUAGCAUUGUCGCAAAAGAAUACUUUUGAUGGGAACGAAGAUGAUGAACAAAACCAGAGAGCUUGUGAUGACGGAACUCCUUUGAAUCUAAGCAAAAGUGGGGGUAAUUCAGAGAACGAUUCAGAUUCUUUGGAGAAUAUGAGAAAGGAAGAUUCCUCACCGAACAACUCUGUAAGCGAUCGGGACGGAUCAAAUUCGAAUUCGAUUUCUAUGUCAAUGGAGGGAGGUAGUGGAAGUAGCGGUCGGAAUGAUGAAGGCAGUAUGAUGAAUAAAGUGAUGUCCCUUAUAGAAAUAGCCAGUCAGCAAUUCAAACAUGAAAGGGAGGAGUUGUGGAAAGAAAGAAAUGAAAUACAAAUACUUCGUGAAAGUUUCCAUAAAAUUGUGCAAGAAGAGCGAGACCUACGAAAGAAGUUGGACUCUCAAACCAGAAAGUGUGCUGUAUUUGAAAAACGAUACAAAUAUGUGAAUAGACAACUAUUGUUGGUCAAUGCAGAAUUGAGAAGAUUCAAGGAAAAUGAUGGAAAAAAUAAGCAAACGUCUUCGAAUUCCGAUUGA